AUGACACCUGACAUCACCCUGGCCUAUUUUCCAAUGGGUCCUGGAUUUCCCGGAUUUCCCAUAAACCCCAAAGAUGCACCUGACGUCGAGUCACCGGGGCCUGAGUACAGCCAUAUGGCCCAUUUACACAGUGACGGUUUAAAUAGAAUCCAUCACAACAGCUUCUCUGGUGAUCCAUCAUCCAUGGAUUUUGCAGGUGAUCCAAUUGUAUUGGAGGGUACUAACCCAAUGCAUUUUCAACACAAUCCUAUUCCGAUGGGUGAUAUGCGUACUGACCAAAUGAAUUAUCCACAUCAUUUUAACCCCCUGGGUGACAAGACACAUUCUAUAAUAAAUCUUCCUAGAAAUCCAAUGGCAAUGGGGGGUAUGCCUAAUCAAAUGCCAAUGGGUAUACCGUCUGUACCAACUGCAGGAAUAUACCAGCAAACUGGUUUUCCGAACCAAAGGAGAAGUCUUAACAAACCGGCAUUUCUAAAGGGUAUAUUAGGUAACAGAGCAACAGGUGCCCGUUCUAACAGCAAUACAUUGACAAGGAUGUCCUCUACUCUGCAAGAUAUUGGUAAACUGAUGGGGAAGAACGACCAAUCCUGGAUGACUGCAGUACGAGGUUACUUCAGGAAGAUGCUGGCUCAGAAGAAGUUGGCGCAACAACAACAGCAAAUUACACAGCAACAAAUUCAACAGCAACGACAGAUAAGACAACAACAACUCCGACAACAUCACAUGGUUCGUUAUUCCCCUGAACCCUUUUUUCUCUUUCCAAUGUGUGCAUAUUGA